UCGAUAGCUCAGUAUGAGGUCCUUGUUUUGAUCAUGGUCCAUGAUUUUGAUAAAUAGUGUGAUAAUAUCUAUACAAUUUAAAUGAUAACACCUCUAGUUCGGUAAAAUGUACAUACUCCAGGUGACGUGUUCGUCAUUUACUAUGUUAUAUCAAAUUAAUCCGGAAUUCGUUCUAUUUAAGUAAUUUUGUAUUCUCUUUCAUAAACACAAUGGACGCAGUUCGUCGUGAAGUAGUCAUUUGUCAAGAAGUGUUGCAGGCCUUACAGAAAAAUGGUGCAUCGAAAAUUGACGAAUUUACUUUACUGGGUGUUAAUGUUAUAGUGGGAAAAUUAUUCACUACAUAUAUAUUGGGUUUUGUGAACUCAUCUUUCAAUAUUGAAGAUAACUGCCCUCAUAAUCUGACUCCCUGUGGUAUGGCAGGAAAGAUUGAGCAAAUUAAAAAUGUCCAAGAGCAUUUACUUGAUGAUCAACUCAAGAAGAAAGAAAUACUUUAUUUGAAUAUAUUUGAUUCAAAAGUACAAGUUUGGAAGUUAGAAAAAUUUGAUGAUGCUAUUGAAUUUGAAAACCUCGAGCUUAUAGUCGAAACUAAAGAGGGUUUAAACAAGCAUUUAUUAUAUUUUAGAACUUGUAUGAAAUUGGAAUUAGACAGACAAAUAAACGACUGUGAUUCAUCUUAUAUUGAGGCUUUAUUAGAAAAAAAGAUUGGUUCAAAACCUCUUUUUUAUGUUAAAGAUUGCAAACAAUAUUUGAGUAAAUUAGAAAAUAAUAAAACUAUUGAUGAACUAAAAGUAAAAACCAACAAGUUAGAUUGUGAAGUCUUAAAUGUAUCUGUAUAUCAAAAUUUAUCCAGGGCACAAUCAGAAAAUUCAGAUAUAUCUGAUUUUCCUAUAAUUCAUCAAACAAAUGAACCUUUUGAUGAAGAACUUGUUUGCUGUCAGUUAGAUUCUUUAUGUUUGAUUCCCAAGAAGUCUACUUAUUCUUAUGCAUACAAUCUACUCUAUGGUAGUAUUUUAAAAAAUGUUAAACUAAUUCAAUCAUUUUUGGUUUCAAACCCUACGGAUCUACCUGUUGUACAUCAUUUUUUACCUGAUACAUUGUGCCAUUUUUUAACGAUUGUUUGUUCACAUAAUCAAAUUGAUUCUUAUAGUAAUUUAAGAAAAAAAUUGCAUAAUGCUUUUUAUUUGUCUAUGGAUAGACCUUUAUUUCGUAUAUCAAAUGCUUAUCAAUUUGAUAGCAAACCAGUUAUAAAUGAUGAUGGUCUCUUAACAAAUGUACAUGAGGGUCUACCUUCUUCCGGAAUAAAAGAUGGACAAAUCUCAAUAGUUAAGGGUACAUAUACCUUUUAUCACUAUGGCCAUGGCGGUUUUAAUGAUCACCAGUGGGGAUGUGCUUACAGAUCUUUACAAACAUUAUAUUCUUGGUUCAAGUGGCAAGGAUGGACUAAUAAAUCUGUACCUUCUAUUUGUGAUAUUCAACAAAUUCUAGUUGAUUUGGGUGAUAAAAAUAAAGAUUUUGUUGGUUCUAAUGAUUGGAUUGGUUCAAUGGAAGUUUCUUUUGUAUUAGAUGCAGAUUUAGGUGUUACAUGUCGUAUAAUGUCUUUAAGGCAAGGUGAUACAUUAAAUUCAGUGUGUCUGGAGUUAGCUGAACACUUUGAUAGACAUGGCACUCCUGUUAUGAUAGGUGGAGGAGUUCUUGCACAUACUCUUUUAGGUGUUGAUAUCAACGAAGAUAAAGGUUUAGUUAAGUUUUUGGUUUUAGAUCCUCACUACACAGGAUCAGACAAUAUUAAAAGUAUUCAUGGUAAAGGGGUUUACUGGAAAGAAGCAUCAUUUUGGAAAAAAGAUACAUUUUAUAAUCUUUGUUUGCCUUUGAAAUUAAGUGGGAUAUAGUAUUGGUGUGCAAUUUAAUACAUACAUAUAUAUAUAUAU